UCCUCUGGACUGGGAUGGAGCCCCGCUCCAUUGUUUCUGUUUUUUCCCCCCUGAUACAAAGGUUUUUACUUGCACUUUGCCUGCUGUCUCUGCAUUUUGGGGUCCAGACCAACAACACAUACACCAAACGUCACAAAGACGCUGACCUCGCUAAAGCCCAUUGAGAAGUGCUAAUUUCUUAUUGAUAAGGAUCUUGUUGCUUCCUAUCCUGGUUAUAUUGGGUGUGGCAAAAUCUGAUGACGCCCUGACAGAUUUAGACAAUAUUGCUGGGAAGCUGGUUUUCUAUCAAAUGGACGGCAACGCCACCUAUGUGAGAAACACGGGAGAGCUGGCAUCCGACGUUCCCACAGAGACCAUGUUUGAACUUUCUGACCCGCAGCAGAACUUCAGCACUGCAAAGUUCAGCUACACCUGGGAUUUAGGAAAUGGAAAGGUGAUCCAAGGGAAUGAGCCUGUUGUCAGAUACCACUAUGCCUCGUCUGGAAACUACACGCUCCGGCUUAAAAUAGGAGUCAAUCUGACUAAAUACACUCCUCCUAUAACCGGGGUCUACACCAAGGACAUUCAAGUGCUUGAUGCAAUCAAAAGCAUUGAACUAAAGGGACCUUCUGAUUAUGAGGUCUCUCAAACCGCCGGCCUGGCUUUCCGUGUGGAUGGAAGUCCUCCUAUGUGGGUUUGUUGGCGUUUCCUUCUCAACUGCGUGCCCGACACGACGGGGGUCUGCACUCUGACGAUGCUGUACGAGAACAUCCUGUGGCUCAAUCACACCUUUACCUCGGCCGGCUUUCACUGCCUGGACAUCAGCGUGCGCAAUGACAUCAGCGAGCUGCAGACCUCCUUCAGCCUCUUUGUCAGGAAAACCAACAACACCAACAUGCUCUUCAUCCUGUCCUGCGCUGCUGUUCUUGUGGCAACAUUCUCCUUCAUCACUGUCAUCGCCUGCCACCCUCGAAACCACAGAUCUCAGAUUGCAGCUUCCACCAAUGCUUUGUUCCUGAAGAGUCAAGAGCCUGACAGCCACAGCAGAAUCGUAUUCAACGUGACCAGUGUUGACAAAGCUGAGAAAGAACCGCUUGUGUUACAGUAUGGAACACACUACUACUCCUAACCUUUAUGAUUUAUGAGCUCUUCUGGGGGGGUUACAGGAGUUUUUUUGAUACGUGUACAUAGUAGAAUUCACUCAUGUAGUGGUAAUUGUGCACACAUUCUUGUAUGUAUAAAUAUAUUCCUUGCUGUUUGAAUGUAACAUUCAGUUAUAUGUUAAGUAAGCUGGCAGGUCAUGCACAUUCUGUAUUUUUCAUGUGUGGCCACAAUCCAGUUGUGCCCCCCACUGUUUGCCUCAUUUAUUAUUAACUUUAUUAAAGGUCAUAUCAUAAUACCCACUGUUAGUUAGAGCACAGUGAAGAUUGAUCAGUGCAACCUUCUAUUAAUGUCUGCCUUACAUCCAAAGUAUUUAUUAAAGAACGUGAUUUCCGUAGAGUUGAUGAACAUGAUCAAUAAGGUUACUAUAGCAAAACAAUCAGAGCAUAAAUAAUGUUUUGUUUGUUAAAUAUAGUAUAACAGUGUGUGCCAUAAUAUGUCACUUGAGGACACCUCGCCAGCUGGGAUGAAGGAUUGUCUGUUGUCUGUGCGUUAAUAAUUGUGACAUUCCAAAUGAAUGUGUCCUGACACAAGCACAGUUGGGGAGCUGGUGGUUGCUAUGGUGACGACCGCCAUCAACCUUGACCUCGGACUGCGCUCACACGUUUUACCUUUCUUGAACCUGAUAUGAUACGAUUGCU